AUGGCUUGUCGUUCAAAGCGCUUCUCAUGUGAUUACGGUAGCCUCGUUGUGACCGACGAUUUUUGGACACUGUUUGGCGACGAUCCAGACUUACAGAUGCGGACUUCAGAGAUUCGAUGCAGGUCAAUCGUUAUCUCCGUAGUCCUCCUUAUCGUGUACCUAAUCGUUGGCGCGUUUUUCUUUAUGGGACUAGAACUAGACCAUGAACUUCAAAGCAGAGAGAACCUGGUUCUUGCUGUACAGCGAUUCAAAGAUGCUACAGGAGCUAGUGGUGAGUUUAAGGCAAUUUUCACAUCUAGGCAGGUUGCACGCCCUCAAUUGGCAUUUGGCAUGGAGAAAAACGUCACCAGCUCUCCGAACUGGUCAUUUGGUCAGGCGUUCUUCUUCGCCGGCACGCUCAUUAGCACUGUCGGUUAUGGUCGAGUGUCGCCAAGAACUGAGCAUGGAAAGCUGUUUACAAUCGUGUAUUGUGUGAUUGGAAUUCCCUUGACGCUGGCUCUUCUAUCGGCUAUUGUAGCUCGUCUCAAAAGGCCAUCCCAAAUUUUACGAGGAUUUCUGAACAAACGGCUAGCUCAUAUUUUUCAUGAAGGCCACAUUCAGGCGAUUACGAACCAGGGUGACAGUCCCGAUCAAGAGUACAGAGGUGUCUACAAAGUUAUUGCGACCGUGUACUUACUGGUCGGUUUAUGCUGCAUGAUGCUGUUUCUUGCUACGUUAUAUGAAGUGCCUCAAUUUGAUUUGACGCGCGCUUUUCUUGAAGACGGAGGAGGAGACAAGGAUAGUCGAUGA